UUCAGUUUUUACAUGAAGGGCUAAUGGAAGACGCACGGGAUUUGGCUGAGCGCACUUCACGUUCGGAAAGGAAAAGAAGAGACUCGUUUGGCAUGUUUGACGGGUAUGAAAGCAGCGAAGAAUCGAGCAGCAGCUCCAGCACAGAGGACAGCGAAGACGAAGAGCGCAGUCUCCCCUCUGGCCUGCCCAUUAUUAAGAACAAUGGCCAGGUGUACACAUACCCAGAUGGAAAGGCUGGCAUGGCGACCUGUGAAAUGUGUGGAAUGGUUGGGGUCAGAGAUGCUUUCUACUCAAAAACAAAGAGGUUCUGCAGUGUGUCCUGUUCCAGAAGCUAUUCCUCCAACUCGAAAAAAGCCAGCAUAUUGGCCAGACUUCAGGGUAAACCACCAACAAAAAAAGCAAAGGUCUUACAGAAACAGCCGCUCAUGGCAAAGUUGGCAGCUUAUGCACAGUAUCAAACAAAUCAGCAGAGCCCAGCGAAAAAAUCAGUGGUUCCUGUUGAGGGCUUUGACUGGGGCCAAUACAUUUGUAGCAAUAACCUGAUUGGAGCACCAGUAAGCUGUUUUAAGCAUGUACCCAUGGGUUAUUUUUGGAGUGAAAUCACUGAGGGUGUGAGAGUAGAAGUUUCUAAUUCUGACACAAACCUCUCCACAAAAGUUUACUGGAUAGCAGGGAUUAUUAAAAUAGCAGGUUUUAAAGCACUUCUUCGAUAUGAGGGCUUUGAUAACGACUCGAGUCGGGACUUUUGGUGUAAUCUGUGUGUCCCAGAAAUCCAUCCUGUUGGGUGGUGUGCCUCAAAUGGUAAACCCCUGGUUCCUCCCAAAUCGAUCCAACAUAAAUUUAGUAACUGGAAAGUAUUUCUUGUGAAGCAACUCACUGGAGUCAAAACACUCCCACUUGACUUUGCCAAAAAGGUUCAGGAAAGCAUGCAGUACCCAUUUAAGAAGCUAAUGCGAGUGGAGGUGGUGGAUAAAACACACUUGUGCCGGACGCGUGUAGCUCUAGUGGAGCAGGUGAUUGGGGGUCGGCUAAGACUUGUCUACGAGGAGAGCCAGGAUGGCUCCGAUGACUUUUGGUGUCACAUGUACAGCCCGCUCAUUCAUUCAAUAGGCUGGUCACGCAGCAUCGGACAUCGCUUUAAAAGAUCUGAGGUGUCAAAGAAAAUUGAUGGUCUGGUGGACGCCCCUUCCCAGUUAUUUCUGAAGGUAAAGGAUGUGGACCAGGGUGGUGAGUGGUUUAAAGAUGGCAUGAAGUUGGAGGCCAUAGACCCUCUUAAUCUCUCAGCUAUAUGUGUGGCUACUGUAAGAAAGGUUUUGGCAGAUGGUUACCUCAUGAUUGGGAUUGAUGGCUCAGAAGCGGCAGACGGCUCAGAUUGGUUCUGCUACCACUCCACCUCUCCCUCAAUAUUCCCUGCAGGCUUCUGUGAAAUCAACAACAUUGAACUUACACCCCCACGAGGGUACAACAAACUGCCAUUUAAAUGGUUUGACUACCUCAGAGAAACAUGUUCAAUAGCAGCUCCUGUGAAGCUCUUUAACAAAGAGGUCCCGAAUCACGGCUUCCGUGAAGGGAUGAAGCUUGAGGCAGUGGACUUAAUGGAGCCACGGCUGGUGUGUGUAGCUACAGUGACCAGGAUUGUUCACAGACUCCUACGUAUUCACUUUGAUGGCUGGGAGGAUGAGUAUGACCAGUGGGUGGACUGUGAGUCUCCAGACCUUUACCCAGUGGGCUGGUGCCAACUUACUGGUUACAAGCUUCAGCCACCUGCUGCACAAACCACAAGAGAAGCACCACCUAAUGUGACAAAGCAGAAAAAGAAAGCUCAACAAUACAAAGGACAAAAGAAAAAGAGGAAGAUUCCAGUUGGGAGGAGGCCGCUCGGGUUCGGUGGGUCUCUCAGAAGAAGCAGUUUCUCAGGAGAUGAAGAUCAGACUCCAUCCCUUUACCUGCCCCACCCACCUGGUGUGGAGCGAGAUCGCUCUCUCAAUUCAGAGGCUUCACUCCAGAUAAAGGACGAGACCCCAGAGGUGGACGAGUUUAGCUUUUUCCAGGGCACGUCGGACCAGGAGAGCAACGGCUCAGGAAGUUACUACAUCAAACAGGAGCCGUAAUCGUUUGGUGUGCUGGAGCCUUACCUUACUGCCAACAGCACUGGAAGAUAUCCUUUAGAGCGAUGCACACUCGACCUGGAAGAACAGACUGAUGCUUUUUCCUCUUCCGUACCUUUUCUUUUCAGGUAAGAAAAGCUGAUGAAGAGACGAGUCAUUAACUGUUUGACGUGAACAUUUCUGUGCAGCUUGUUUUGGAACGGGGAUGAUUUGGAUUUCCAUUGUUGACCUUGUUGAUCAGUUUGCCAGAUGGACUUUUUCCUCAGUGAUUAUUGUACUUGAAGUUUUUGUAGCUGUUUUUGUUUUUCUUUUUUUUUCCUGUUCAGUUUCUGUAAUGUGUCUCAUGCGCUGAUUUCUUUAAAAAGCAGUUUUAUUUGGAUGGGUGUGGAUUUUGUAAGAGCAGUAAGAAUCUAUAUUAAUAAAGUAUAUCCAUAUAUGUAUAACAUUUUAACUAAUUAGUAGAAUAGUGGAGUGAGGGUUUAUUAUUAUUCUAUUGCUUAUGAACCUUUCUGGUAAGAAGUCAUAUAGCCUAAUGGAAAACACUGUCACAUUUUGCACUACAGGGAUAAACGUAUAAUCAGCCUGUGAAAAUGUUGAAGUUACAGCUUUAUUGUAUUACGAGACAAACAAAUGUACAAAAUGUAUAGUAGCUGACGAGUCUAAAUGGAAAGCGGGGGAUCUUUGAUCUAAUCAGCAUUACAAUAUGCAAGAACAAUUAUUUGAUAUGAAGCCAGUGUUGAUGAUUUCUUGAUCACGUAAGUGGAGCCAUUUUUAUAAACUGGUUAAAGUGUUCGAUGAGCCGCAGAAUAAAAAGACUAGUCAGUCGACACCGUUACACAACCUUUAAUCGACACGGCAGAGAAACGUCCUUCUGUAUUCAUUAGAUUUAAACAGUUUACCAGCCUCUCUGUUUGUGUACCGAUGAGUGAUUAAGCUCGUUCUGAGAGCGAUCAGCAAUCUCAUUAUUUUAAAUGAUUGCAUUCACAGCAGUAUGCGAGUUUUUUUACUACCUCUUAAAUGAGUUUAAAUCUCCAUUGGCUGAGGGGUCGAG